AUGGCAAGCUCGAUGACACAUAACGACAGUGCCCCGGGUUCGAUGGAGCUCAAGGACGAUACGGUCAUCGUCGUCCUGGGGGCUUCAGGAGACUUAGCGAAGAAGAAGACUUUUCCGGCUCUCUUUGGCCUGUACCGGAAUAAGUUCCUGCCGAAAGACAUCAAGAUCGUGGGAUAUGCUCGCACCAAGAUGGACCACGAUGAAUAUGUCCGACGAAUUCGGUCUUACAUCAAGGUCCCUACAAAGGAGCUCGAAGAACAAUUAAACGGAUUCUGCGAGCUUUGCUCCUAUGUAUCCGGACAGUACGACCAGGAUGACUCGUUCAUCACUCUCAGAAAGCAUCUAGAGGAGCUAGAGCAGGGUCGAAAGGAGCAAAACAGAGUCUUCUAUAUGGCCCUGCCGCCAAGCGUGUUUAUCACCGUCUCCCAGCACUUGAAAAAGAACUGCUACCCGGAAAAUGGAAUCACAAGAAUAAUAGUCGAGAAGCCGUUUGGCAAAGACCUAGGCAGCUCGCGAGAGCUACAGAGGGCCCUUGAGCCUAACUGGCGAGAGGAUGAGAUAUUCCGUAUCGAUCAUUAUCUUGGAAAAGAAAUGGUGAAAAACAUACUCAUUCUACGCUUCGGAAAUGAGUUCUUCGGUGCAACUUGGAAUCGGAACCACAUAGAUAAUGUCCAAAUCACGUUCAAGGAGCCUUUUGGCACAGAAGGCCGUGGGGGCUACUUCGACGAGUUUGGAAUCGUCAGAGAUGUCAUGCAGAACCAUCUUCUCCAGGUUCUUACACUGCUGGCAAUGGAACGACCCAUAUCCUUCUCCGCAGAGGAUAUCCGUGAUGAGAAAGUAAGGGUGCUGAGGGGCAUAAGUGCGAUCGAGCCCAAGAACGUCAUCAUCGGACAAUAUGGCAAGUCGCUAGAUGGCACUAAACCUGCAUACAAGGAGGAUGAAACCGUUCCCAAAGAUUCCAGGUGUGCUACCUUCUGUGCGAUGGUCGCGUACAUCAAGAAUGAGCGUUGGGACGGCGUGCCAUUCAUUUUGAAGGCUGGCAAAGCCCUCAAUGAACAAAAGACUGAGAUCCGCAUUCAAUUCCGCGACGUUACGUCUGGUAUAUUCAAAGAUAUCCCCAGAAAUGAGCUGGUCAUACGGGUGCAGCCAAACGAGUCGGUAUAUAUCAAAAUGAACUCAAAACUCCCCGGCCUCUCAAUGCAAACAGUUGUCACUGAGCUUGAUCUCACCUACCGCCGACGCUUCUCGGACUUGAAAAUCCCGGAAGCUUACGAAUCACUCAUCCUGGAUGCACUCAAGGGAGAUCACUCAAACUUUGUUCGUGAUGACGAGCUCGAUGCCAGCUGGAGAAUCUUUACACCGUUGCUGCAUUACCUUGACGACAACAAAGAUAUUGUCCCAAUGGAGUACCCUUACGGCUCUCGGGGACCCGCCGUUCUCGAUGACUUCACGUCAUCUUUCGGGUAUAAAUUCAGUGAUGCUGCUGGUUAUCAAUGGCCACUAACCGCAACGCCUAACCGCCUGUAACCAAGUUAGGUUUCCAGGGAACGAUAUUUGUUCUUGUUUUUUUUUUUUUACUCCAGUUGUUCACGAAAAACCUCCCCAUAAAUAAAGUGGGUGUAUAAUGGAAAUAAAAUCAUGUCCCUU